UCGGAGAGGAAUGUCGCGAUUAAAAUGACGAGCUUCACGAUUUAUUAAUUUGUUUUUAAUAAAUGUAACUUGUGAUUUAUCAGCAUGACUGUGUGGAGAAAACUCGAAAAUGAGGAGUGCUACGCUGUUGCAAUCUACAACUACAAUCCCAGCAACAAACGUCACUUGUCCCUGGCGGUGGGUGAGCUGGUGCACAUCGAGCGCGAGUGCCCCGGCUGGUACUGGGGGCGCAGCCUCCGCCGCGACGCCUGCGGCGCCUUCCCGCAGACCUACGCUGUCAUACGGGACUGCGUUGUUGACAGAUGCGGCGAUACCUUGCUGGCAUCGGCCGGCGGCAGCGGCGUGGUUCACGACAUAGCAGUCACUCUCAGAGAGUGGCUGCAGACGUGGAAGAAGUUAUAUCUCACAAAUGACGAGCGUUUCAAGUUUAUGGAAGUGAGCAUGCGUGCCUUACUAGAGCUACGCGCGCAGGCGGCGUCGGGGGCGCUGCCGCAAGACCAGCUGCGGAGGGUCGCUAGGACCGCCGUUUUUACCAUCGACAAGGGGAAUAGGGCAGUGGGAAUGGAGUUAGCAGUAAGAACAGCGGGCGGACAUUUGGUGGAUCCUCUUCAAACGUCUACGUACAAACUCAAUGCACUACACGACGAAGCUAAUGCCCGUAUUGAGAAGAACAUGGAAACCACACCCACUAGUCCAACGCCAGCCACGCCCCCCACCGCCCGCUCGUACUCAGUAUGCGUGCGUAUACAUAACUUCGUGUGUCGUAUGAGCGACAACGCGGAACUAUUGUUGUCCUUGUACGACUCGUCGCAGAACAAACUGACUGAACAUCUGUUGCUGCGGUGGCCGCCGCAAGCCGUCACGCCAGCACAAGUUGUAUUUACGGACUUAGGCGGUGAUAUUAAGAGGGAGAAGCUUUUUCUAGUGUGCCAUGUCGUGAGAAUAGGAUCCAUGGAUGCUUGCAAUAAUGACUUUAGGAGGAGUUCAAUAGCGCCCACGAUAGCAGCUCCGCCCGCGGCCACGGGCGGGAUGCGGCGCCCAUUCGGGGUCGCCUGCGUCGACAUCACGCGCUAUCUCGCCCACGACAACUCCGACAAACAUAUACUUGUCCCUUUCUACCCUUGCGAAAAAGAGAAGAUGGAUACCCUCCUAAAGCAAGUGAUAUCGAACCAGCGGGAGUUGAAAGACGCUAAACACUCGCAAGGCGUGUGGGUGUCGCUGCAACUGGUCGAGGGUGACUUGAAACAGAUACGUGAAGAGAACCCGCACAUAGUAGUGGGCAACACAGCAGUGGCCCGUAAGAUGGGUUUCCCAGAGGUCAUUAUGCCAGGUGACGCCAGGAACGACCUGUAUGUCACUCUGAGCAACGGAUCCUUCUCUAAAGGUGGCGGCAAGUCUUCCGAGAGGAAUAUCGAGCUCGUCGCCAGAGUUGUCGAUAAACACGGACGGAUCUUACCUGGCGUGAUUUCCGUCGGCGCGGGAGCAGGUUUAGUGGACGAGUACACGUCGUUGGUGUACUAUCAUGACGACAAGCCGCGAUGGCAGGAGGUGUUCAAGGUGUGUCUAAACAUAGAAACGUUCAAGGAAGCGCAUCUAGUAUUCCUGUGCCGCCAUCGCAGCUCGAACGAGGCGAAGGACCGCGCGGAGAAGCACUUCGCUUUAUCUUACCUGCGACUCAUGCAGAAGGAGGGGACCACAACGCCUGACUCUAUGCAUGACUUGUGUGUUUAUAAGAUUGACGCAAAACGUUCACAAAACGCGGGGGACGUAGAAUCGGAAGCGGCGGCGGCGUGCCUAGGACUGCCGUCACGUCGCGAUGAGCUGCCUGCGGGCUCCGAGAAGGGGUUGACUAGAGGGGUACUCUCUCUAGUGCAUAGAGAUACACUCACAGUCUCCACCAAGUUGUGUUCAACAAAGCUGACCCAGAGGGAGGAAAUCCUAGGCGUGCUAAAGUGGAGUACACAUCACGCCGAAGGGAAUCUCCGGGCGGCGCUACAGAGAUUGUUACACGUACCGAGCGAGGAGAUAGUCAAGUUUCUACAGGAUAUCUUGGACGCGCUGUUCAGUAUACUUACUCAGGUGGAAGAAGAACAAGAGAGCUACACAGACAAGUCAUACGGUGUGCUGGUACUGGAGUGUUUGCUACACGUCAUAUCUCUGGUAGCCGACCACAAAUACCAGCAUUUCCAGCCGGUGCUUCACGUCUAUAUCGACGAGAGCUUCUGCGAUGCAUUGGCUUACGAAAAACUAAUAGCAGUGAUGGUAUGGGUGAUAACAACAGCGGACGGAGGGGAGACGAAGCGUCUGCUGCAAUGUAUGAAGUGUCUGGAGUGUUUGGUGCGCAUCGUCGCGCGCAGCCGACAGUUGCGGAGCGCUCUGGGCGACAGGGCCGCCAACACCGACUUCAGAUACCAGUUUGAGAGUCUACUCGACGCGCUGGUGUGGCUGAUGCGGUGCGGCGACCACGCUCUGACAUGCCAGGGCUGCGCACUAAAGUACCUGCCGCACGCCGUGCCGCAUGCCAUCAAGGUGUACCCGGAGACAGAGCUCAGCGCGUACAUAGUCCGCGCUCUGGACGCGCUGCCGUUGGGUCGGCUCAGCAAGCAGCGGAUGUUGGCAUUACUGGAGGUGGUGCGCGGCCCGCUGUGCGCCGCGGCCCCCGCGCGGGCGCUGCUGCUGCCACACCUGGCCGGCACCGUCAGGGCGCUGCUCAAGGACAAGGCCGAGUGGGAUCGUGACGCGGCUCACAAAUCACGCUCGGUGGACAAGGCGGCGCGGCUACUGGGAGCAGCUACAGCGAAGCUACACGACCACACUGCCAACCAUCAUCAGAUCGUGGAGUUAUGCGUAGAGACUUUAGGCGAAGUGGUAGCUCUACUGGCAAGAGAAGACGUGGGCCCGGUUGAGGGUGAUAGAGGAGAAUUAGCUAGGAGAUUGCUGCCGACUGUGCUCAGAACUGCCGCAUCCAUGCUGAAGGAGAGAACGACCAAUGAGAAGACUGGGUACUCUGAUGAUCCUAUGCUGCGUCGUAUAGUAUGCGUCCUCCUAGACAUGGUGCGUCAAAUGUCAGAAGAACAGUACGCUGUGGUAGUCAAAGCGUUGGAGAUGGAAAACGCUGGUGCUUCCGGGUCGCUCGUCUCUGAUGCCUUGGCAUUGCUCCUGGCUUUGCUGGAACGACCCGUCUUCAGAGCGCACUGGGCUGAUAUGCUGCAUCUCCAACAUUAUGUUAUGAUGCAUGCUUUGAGAUUACUGUCAACAACUCUUCGCGACCGCCUUCACAGCGUUGACGAAACAGACUCAGAAGCCAUCACCGGAAUCCACAUGUUGCUUCAGGAGUGGUUUCGAGCCAUAACAGCUUUAGCCACUUCGCCCAUACUUCAACUGGAGACGUUACCAGUAGCGAGAAAGCAGAGAGUCAUGGCUUUGUAUGGAGAUAUACGACAGACACUCGCUUGUGCGUUGCAGGAUAUGUGGUUCAGUUUAGAUGAACACAAGCGCUCCUUCAUCCCGUGGUUAGUAGGGCCGUUUCUGGAAGUGUCGUUCCUAAGAGACGAGGAAGUUCGCAACACCACCAUACCGCUGUUCUUUGACAUGAUGCAGACUGAGUUCACCAGUACGAGCACUGAUGGCGCUGAUGGUCAAAUGAAAGAACUGGAAAGCGAGUUAAUCGACAAGAUCGACGUGCUAGCGGAGCGUGGUUGCGGCGAUAGUGCGUGGCGAGCUCGGUUUGUGUCGCUAUGCGGCGCAUUGUGCAACGCUGCGCCCGCGCCGCUGAGGAUAGCUGCCUUGACCCUCGUGGCCGCCGCUGCCAGGCAACUUGAUACUCUACUGCAGUACCGGACUGCGGCAUUGCGGUCAGGGACGCCUCACAGAAUGCACCUUACCAAUAGGGUGCUGCAUUUCUACGAACAGAUCGAAAGACCGCAUAUGUACAUUCGGUACGUGCACAAACUAGCAAAGAUGCACCACGAAGCCCAACAGUGGGCUGAGGCUGGGCUGUCCCUGCGUCUUCACGCCAAGCUGCUCAACUGGAGCAGUGAGCCACUGCCACAGAGGUUACGACACCCUACGCAUCAGGAUUCGUUGCACGAAACCCAUAGAGAGCUUAAGGAAUUCCUUUACCUGGAAAUCGCCGACCUGUUAAACCGGGGCCACCAAUGGGAGCUAGCAGUAGAAAUAGUGAAGGAACUAGUGUCGGUGUACGAAGAGGAGCUGCUGGGCUACGGCCCGCUGGCAGAACUCCACGCGCAGUUGGCGCAGCUGUAUUCGUGUAUGCUGCGGACCCCGCGGUCGCCACCCGAGUACUACCGCGUCCUGUACCAUGGAAGAGGGUUCCCGCUGCAUCUUAGAGUCGAACAUGGCUUCGUGUACCGCGGCAACGAGUACGAGCAACUGGCGGAGUUCAAGGAGCGUCUGCUGGACGAGUGGCCCGACGCCGAGGUGCUCACCAAGCUGGAUCCGCCCGGAUCUGAGAUCACAGAGUCUGAUGGACAGUAUCUCCAAAUAAAUCCAGUGAAGCCUAUAAUGGGCGACAAGUUAAAGCGACUAUCGGGCAAGCCAGUCGCCGAACAAAUACUCGAAUAUUAUAAGUAUAAUAACGUGGAUAAGUUUGUGUUCAACAGGCCCUUUCAUCGACCUGAGGAAAUUGAAAAGAAUGGAUCGACAGAUGAUCUGUCUGUAAACGAGUUUGCGUCGCGGUGGUUGGAACGUACCGAGCUGGAGAUCAGUGAUACCUUGCCAGGUAUUCUACGCUGGUUCAAAGUGAUAAGCCAGAAGACGUACUGGGUGUCGCCAAUAGAAGCGGCGGUGGAGGCGCUCCAAGAGAAUAAUAGAAUGAUCAAGAAGCUGGUCCUGGCCGCUCGCGCUCCUGACGCACCCUUACAUCCACUCUCUAUGAAGCUUAAAGGAGUGCUAGAUGCAGCCGUGAUGGGGGGUAUAGUGAACUACGAGAAGGCGUUCCUAACGCCUGCGUACGAAGCGCGUCAUCCCGAGCACGCCGCAUUACUUGUACAGCUCAAGGACGCCAUCGCCGAGCAGAUACCUAUACUUAAAUUUGGUCUUGAUGUCCACGGUCAGCGCAUUCCACAAGCGCUCGAAGGUUUACACUCCCACUUGCUGUCUUGUUUCCGGAGGAUGCAACAUCAUGUGUACCAGCGAUACGGAAGAAAGAUGUGCGACUUCGAGCCAGAGACCCCUGAGGUACAACUGCGCAUGCCUCUGCGAGAUAGCACACAACCAGACUCUUCGAAUACCUCCAACCGAAUGUCGGACAUAUCUACUGGCAACGAGAACGCAAAAUCAAAGUUCUUCAGCUUCAAUAGCGCUAUCAAUCCAUUGGCAAGAAACAGCAGCAGUGCAAUGGCGAACUUCGGUUUUAACACAAUGACGUCACCUAAGAGACGGGACAAACGUCGCGCAAGAAAGAGCGAAGUAGGCACACCGGCGAGCAGCCAGUGGUACACGUCUACCAACGGCAUCGCCAAUCACAACAACACCAACAACAGCGUGAACAAUAGCGUGAACAACAGCGUGAACAACAGUGUGAACAACAGCGUGAACAACAGUGUUAUUGUCAACAACACGGAAACGUCGUCGCCGCUACGGGAACUCAGACAGGAGGUAGUAUAUCAAGUAAAGCACAAUUGGAAUAACUUCAAUAUCAAAGAGUUGGUGACAGAGCGUCCUCUCCGCGCCGAAGUAGAACGCGAGCGAAGAUUGUCGCAGCGAACUAGUUUGCUGACGUCAUCAACCCCACCCUCUAACAGAGAUUCUAUGGGCACAACAGAUUCGAACCAAGACGAAGAGGAGCCCCCACCACUCCCUCAGAAAUCAUCCCACCGCCUCGACAACACGCUAGACAGUGAGAACAACAAUACAGAGCUGCCAUUACCACCUCGUUACAACUACGACACAGUAUUCUCGCCCCGAGGCUCCUUCCUUUACAACUCUAUAGCUCAAAGGCGACACACAGCUGGUGUUGAUAAACCCCCCACGCCGCCGCCUAAGAAGAAGCAUGUGAAUAACUCUUGAAAGGUAAAAGACAAGUGAAUAACGUAAAAACAAAAUAAUGUUUAAUAAUUUAUAUGUAAAGGAGAAAGACAACAUUUUUGUUAUUGUGGAUUCGUUGCCACUAAAAAGAAAAGACGUAUAUCAGAAACGAAUUAAUCUUCAGAGAAAAACACAGAGCUGCUAUUACCAGCUCGUUACAACUAUGACACGGUAUUCUCAAAACGAGACUACCGUCUAUACAACUCUAUUGCUUAGACAUACAACUGCCGUUGCUAAACCUGUUAUUUUUUUAUUGGGGAUUCUCAUUGUCACUGAAAAGAAGGAAAGUGUUAUGUUAAGUACAUAAUAUGACAUUAACAGCAUAUAAAUUAUUGCUGGGCAAAAACCUCCCCUUAGUUAACUUCGAGUAACAAUACCCUCCCGUUUUCAACUACAUUAAAACACAUAAUAACGGGUUUUUACUGCGUUUGAAAUAGGGAUAUGAGACUCCCGAUAUUUCGACAUUGUUGCAAGUGCCGUGAUCACGGGAUGACUGAUGCAUUUUUAGUGGAGUAGGUAGAUCUAUAAUUUUCUGCGGGCAGACAUAUCUGUCUACCCUCUUUCUUUGCCGCUUGUUUAUGUAUUUGAUAUCGGAAUGUUCGGAACCAUCUGAACUCGCACAAAACUCACUACGACACCCGUUAUUAUGUGUUUUAAUUAUGAAAAUAACCGCGUAAACUUUCAUCUAAAUUGUUACAUAUAAUUUCUAAUACAAUUUGACGAACAUAAUACUCUAAAUAUUUGUGAAAUACUCAUGUGUAUCACAUUUUAUAAUAUAAUAUGCUCAUUUGCACAAGUUAUUUUAAACAUUGUGUAUUUAGGUAAAGUGCUAUUUUGUCAUAACACGGCCUAAAGAUUACCUAUAGGAAAUGUUUGAUAAUAUAAUUUUUAAUUUGAUUUUUCUACUGAUUUCGAACACUUAACAGUAAUUAAGGUUUUUAUUUUAUAGGCUUUGGUACCUUAAUAUCAAGAAUCAAGGGGGGCAUAUUAAAAAAUAAAGUUUUUUUUAAACAAUUUUUUUCAUUAUAGUUCUUUCUUAGGAAUAAUACCUAAUAGGUGCAUAGUAAAAUAUUAUUAGAUUUAACCAUGAUAAUCGUAGCCAUAUUACGUCCCCACCAUUUUAAUUUAGUACUUAUCACGUGUUACCAAUAAUAUUAGUAUGAAAUAAUUAAACAAUUCUAUUUUUCUUUCGGUUUAAUUAAAGAAUAGAGGAAAAUGUACCGUGUUGUCGAACAAAAUAAAAAGUUUUAGGAUUUACUCGAGUGUAGUAUAACAGCCUAAAUAAGUACGUUGAACUUGGUUCAGGUGUCUAGCUAUUACACCACAAAUAUUAUAAGAGCGAUAUUACAUCUUUCAAUCAUUCGUAAAUCAUAAUAUUACAUAAAAUAAACCUUAAUAUUACUGUACUGUUUGUCAAAAAAUUUACCACAAACAAUGGUUUUUUUGGAAAACAGAUAUAAAGAUACAAAUAACGAUCACAGUGCAGUAAUAAUAGGGUCGCUUUUUCUGAACUUCGCCGGCACUAAUUUUGUCGGUGCGUGUUUGAAAGAUAUUGUAAUAGCGCUCUAAAAGCCUUUACACAUAAUUCAAAAUAAACAUUCAAUUAACUUGUUUUAGUUUUAAUACUACUAUUUACUGAACAAUUAUUGUAAUAAAUAACACAAUAAUCGUAUAUUUAUAAUAAAGGAAAUUCCUAAAAAUAUUUUUCAAAUCAAAGUAUUUGUGAUGAUUUUCACUGUAUGCCAUUUUUCCAAAGCGUGUUUUUUGUAUUUAAUAGUUUUGAAAUUUGUUUUUGAUCAAUAUUAUUAUUAUAAGUGUUAUUACGUGUAGAUUUAGGAAUAGAUGUUACCAUAGGAAAGUAUUUAAGAUGUAUUGUAAUUAUAAAUUGAAGAGUUAUCGUGGUUAUAAUGUUGAUAAAAACUAGAAGCUCAAAUGUACCUAAAUUUGACAUUUCUCCAUACUGUCCAACUAAAAUUCGUGAUAAAUUACUACAAAAUGUGGAGCAAUAAAUAAAUAAAUAAACGUGGAGUGUAUCCCGUCUGACGGAUGAGAUACGAAAAAUAAAAGCAGUUUUGGUUGAAAAUGAGUUUUUCUAAGCUUCCUUCUUUCCGAUCUUUAGGGAAUAAAUAUAACACAAUGCUUUUGUAGUCAAACGCUGCGCAAAGGGUUAUAGUGUAAAAAUAUAAAAUAUAAUGUUUGCUUACGUAAAUAGUAUGGGGAACUGUCAAAAUUUACGAACACUCAACAGUAGCUACACCCUAUGAGAGAAAUGGACAGUUUUUGUCGUCAUUGAUCGGAGGAAAGAACCAAGUAAAAUGUAUCUACACAUCAAUAGCCUAUAUACGUCCCACUGCUGGGCACAGGCCUCCCCUCAAUCAACCGAAGGGGGUAUGGAGUAUACUCCACCACGCUGUUCCACUGCGGGUUGGUGGAAGUGUUUAGGAAAGUAUUUAAAGCGGAUGGUUUUUCCUUUCUUGACUUGUGUUACCGAGACAUUAUAUUUUUUAAUAUAAUAAAAAACAUAUCGUAAAGGCAUUAUUACAGUAAACAGUAUAUUCGUAGAACUCUCGUAAUGUAAUUUAAUAUGUAUUAUAAAUAAAUAAAUGUUUGUAAAUAAAACAAAACGUUAGAUGUAAUUUUUCCAGUAUUUUUAGUUGACGCUAAACAAUUAUGAUAUUAUUUAUCAUAAUUUUUAUUUUAGAUGUGUAUUGCUCUCGUAUUGAUAAAAUAAUUAUUUUUAAAUGUGAAAUAAGUUACAAACGCAAUGUAAAUUGAUGUGUAACAGAUAUUAUAACACAUAAAAUAGACAAUGGCGUCGAUUCCUACAGACACCUCCUAAUUUUAAGUUAUACCUGUCAAUUUCUUAUCCGCCGAAAUUAAAAGGGACGGACGAUUGGCAGCUAAUUUUAAAAUGAAAUGAAUCAAGUAGGUAUAUCGCUGCUGUGGACGUGUGAUGUCAACUUAAUUCUUUCGGAUUAUUGGCUAAAGUAACAUUUCGUGUGUUCCAUUAAUUUUAUGCCUGUCGAUUUCUCGUCCUUUUCCUUUACAGCGGAUAAUAAAAUGACAGGUAUAACUUAAAAUAUUAUUAGAUGGUGUGUUCUGGAAUCGGCUCCAAAGAAGCUGCUGCGCUGAGUAAAGUGAUACCAAUCUGUAGGCUACAUGUGACAUCACUUACGUAUUUUCAUUGUUCUUUUUAGACAUUGUUCACUUUACAAAAUAUUAAAUCAUUACUAUUUUAUCAAUGUUCAGUAAUUAUAAUAUAAAUGAACAAUAAUAACUCGUAAUAAUAAUGUAGUCCAACAAAACAAUAAUGUUAAUUGUAAUUAAACAAUUCACGAUUGUAGUCUUAAUUCAAUUUUCAAUUCAAUUUCGUGCUCUGCGGUGAAGGAAAGGUCCCGGUGAGAGCCUUCAGCGUUCCCCAUUUGUCCCCUGGUGAGAACCUUCAGCGCUCCCCAUUUGUCCGGCCAAGCACUUUUUUGCCAUCUGCGGCAAAUCUGCAAUAAAUAACGUCAAAAAAGAGGUGAAGGAAAACAUUCCCGAGAAAUACAUUUUCGAAGGUAUGUGACCUAACCUGUAUUGGUCUGGUUUUCCCUACGCGGGUUGGAAAUACAGAUGGCAGUCGCUUCUGUAAAAAAACCGGUCCUGUCAAAUCUUCAGGUUAGGUAAGCGGACCUUGUGAAGAACGGGAUAUUGCUAGGGGGCUGAUGAUGAGUCUUAAUUCAAUUUUCACAAUGUCACAACUGACCGGUUGUUAAUUAAACAAAAGCAUAUUCACUUAUAUAUAUAUAUCUCGAUCUAUACCUACAAGAGAAGAGAGAAUUUGUACUUUUUCAUAGUCGUUCUUUAUUAUUCCCAUAAUUUCGUCUGUUAUUUUUAUAAUGUACACAAUGUACAUAGCACAUUUCGCUCUUCGUAUCACCCUUGUCAAUUUUCUCACCGUUUAUAAACCUUCCCUGGACUACGACAAACAUUUCACUACCAAAAUCAGCCAAAUCGGCCCAGCCGUUCUCUAGGUUUAACGAGACAAACAAACACCAAUUGAUUUUUAUACACAUAGAUUAUUUUCUUUGUUGAAUAGAACAAUCAAUCAAUGUGGCACUUACAGCAGACCAAAUAUCAUAUUUGCUUAAGAUCAAAAUUGUAGUAAAUAUAUUGUAGAUAUUCAUGUAGUGUGUAAGUUGUUGAUUUUUUGUCUUUCUUUCUUGGCGAUUUUUUGUAGAAAAUAUUAACGGUAUUUCUAAACGAUUUAAAAAAAAUUACAUUUUCUUGGGAAGUGAUAGGUUAACUGCUAAAAUUCCAAAGUUCUAAAUAAGAAGUAAUUUAUAUUUGAAACUUAGACAUGUGAUAAAUAUAAUGGUAUUAAAAAAAUAUCAAGUGAGAGCCCUCAGCGCUCUCCAUUUGUCCAGCUUAGUGUUACAUUCACAUGCAGAGGGAAAUCUGUAGUAAAUCAUGUCUAUAAAUAAAAUAAAAACUAUGUAUGUUUACAUUAAUUACGUUUUCAUUCGUCUCGAUAGUAAAAUGAUUCAGCAGUAGGUUUAUGUAUUGUUACAUAAUUAUACUGCUGAUAAAUAUUUACAAAAGGCCUAUAUUUAUCACGGAACGAAAUCAUUGUGAAGUUAUGAUGCGCAAGGACGCUCUGUUACAUAAACAUACAUAUUAGUAUAAUAUUAAAAAUAAUAUUUAUAUGUACCUACCUAUAGUUUUAAGAUUAACCACAUUUACUCAGAAUUGUCAUUUGCUAGAGCGAGAAAGAACGACCGCACGCUUUCUUCUUCUAUUGUGUGGGUUGUGAGGAAGAGUUCCAACUUCAUCAACCCUAGUGUCAGGGUUACUAUUGAGCCGCCAGAGGCCCCUGACAUGGCUCAUGUAACGACUACUUACUUACAUCAGUAAGUAGUAACCGGCCCAACGACUCAACGUGCCUUACGAAGCAGUGAUCAUCUUACUUUCGGACAAUCAGGUGAUCAGCCUGUAAUGUCCUGACCAAACUAGGGACCACUAAGUAUUUUUUUUGAUAUGUCCCCCAUCGGGAAUCGAGCCCGGGGCCUCCGGAUCGUGAGCCCAUCGCUCAACCACUGGACCACGUAGGUCGUUACCGCACGCUUAUACACGCUACCGCCUCGUCGAUUCUGUCGCGUGCGGUCUCUCGCUCUGGCAAAUGACAGUUCUGAGUAACAGAAAAGGAUAGAAGUAUAAGAAAGUGCGAAGAGGUGCUGUGGUUCUACCAUUAGAUUUAUCACUUCUCCUGAAAACGUUUAUUUUCGCGGCCAUAACGCACCAAAAAUGUAUACAAAAUGUUGUUCUGUAUAGAUGUAUUAAUACGUAAAUACUACUUAUAGUGAUAUCCACUAGUUUAGACAAGUCGUAAGACAUUUAUUUACCAGCAAUAAAUAAGGUUUUUUU